GUAACAGCGGCCCCCUCCAGUCGGGCUGAGGCAGGGGCGGAGCUUGCCCAAACUCAAAUAAACACGGACAUGCAGCAUCCUACGAGGAUGUGCAGCCUCAGCAGCACAGAGCGACACAGCCACCAGGAUAAGGCAGCUGAAAAUCUCUGGCACGAUGAUCAAAUCCUUCAAGCAAACGUUCCUGUCCCUGGACCUGCAGUCCCCUCGGUGGAGCUCCACAGAGACAAUGGCCAAGGACUACGAACUGCGUCAGUACGAGACGGCCAAGUGGGUGAGCACGGUGAUCAGGGGGGAGAGCCAGAAGGAAGCCAUGCGCCAGGGCUUCUGGAAGCUCUUCCACUACAUCCAGGGCAAGAAUGAGAGAGAAACAAAGAUUGACAUGACUGUGCCAGUGACCUGCCUGGUGAAAUCUGGCUGCACAGACUUCAAGAUCUCGUUCUUUGUGCCCUUUGAACACCAGGACUCCCCUCCCCAGCCCACGGACUCGGAUGUGUUCGUGGAGGAGCGGAAGGCGGCGGCGAUCUUUGUCCGGUCCUUUGGUGGAUUUGCCUCCCCAGAGAAAUAUGCUGAGGAAGCUGAAGUCUUGGCCAGAACCUUAAGGAACAGAGGCCAACCAUUCCAUGAAGAUUUCUUCUACACUGCAGGCUAUGACAGCCCCUUCAAGCUCUUUAACAGGCACAACGAAGUGUGGUAUUUUAAAAAGUAACAUGGUGGGGGGAGUAUUAAGAGGCUACUAAUCAGCUCCAGAUGAAAACAGACCUUAAUAUUAAUGGCUUUUGCUUUAGUGCAGAAGAGAUUUAAUUUGCACAUGGACACAGAAUGUCUAAUUCAUUUUCUCUAGGAUGACAUACUGUUGUGGCUCAAAUGAUUUCAACUCCAUCUACAAAAUGUACAUUAAAUUCAAGCAGAUUGUACCAGGUAGAGUAGGGAGGUAUCACAAGCUUACUCUUAAUUGAAAGGUUCUAGGGAACACCAAUAAUCUGAAAAUAGUCCUUCCCAAAGUUUGGAUGUCUAGCUUUACUUCUCAUUAGAAGUGCCACAGCAACAGCUCAACGUGUCAUGGAGAACGAGUUCUCCAUGGAGCUGACUUUCCCAAUACUGACAUCACCCCUGAGACAGAGGAACUUAAAAAUGGAUUUUUAAAAGAAAUCUACAAAUUAAUGAGUUUUGGGAAGCAGAAACACCUUAGCAGGCUUUACUGACUCAUAAUUAAUAUCUUGGUUUUUUAAUUGGUAGUAUAAAACCCCCCCAGCUCUUCACUUUUUUUCCCCUCACGGAGGCCAAAUGCUGCCUUGCUCAAUUCCAGAGAGAAAGGGUUAACAAAUCCAAGCUGUGGCUUGCUCUGUGCACACCUGGACACAUCAUACCAGGAUUACUGGGGGCAUUUUAGUAGCAAAUAUUGAAGUAGUUAAGUUAGCUCUCACCUACAACACACUAAUUAGCACAUCAAUUAUCUGCCUUUGUCUCAUUGUGGGUAUUGGCCAGGCCAGCUGCAGCCUCACACCAGCAGCACUGUUAAGACACUUGCAAGGCAUUUAACCUAAUUUAGUCCCUGCUCUCAAUCAAGCAUUUGAAGCUUUUACACAGUAGCCUAGAGCUGUUCCAGUCAGAAAGGAGGUCACAACAACAGGCAGAGUUUGCAGGUUUUUAUUGGCUCCAACCAGGGUCAGGCAAACAUGACCAGUGGGGUGUUUGAAUGCUGUUCAUGCCCAUUACACUGCAAUCCUCCACCUAUUAAGACAGACAUAAGAACCACUUUGAGACACCAAACCUGCACAAGACACUUGCUGGGAACAUCUCAGCCCUUAGAAUUUCAUCUCUGUUCAGUGAGAGAGUUCAAGCUAAGGUUAUCAUCACUUGUUCCAGCAAGGAAAUGUCCUAAUUACUGCAUUUGCACUCACCUUCUCAGUUCCUCAUACAGCAGUUGCAGAGCUGCUCGCUCACCUAAAGCCAGAAGAAAACACACUUAGCAGAUGGAGCAGCACGAGUGGCAGGGGCUCCACAGCAGCUGUGUAACCUCAGCACAAAGUGGAACGGAAAGGGUAAAAUCACAGGAAUUCAUCUGGCAGAAUCAAUCUCAUCAGCGGCUACAAACACUCCCAGUCAGACAUCACACAGUUCAGCUGUUGGACUCACCCAGCAGGGCUGCAGAACAGCACAGUCCUUUCCUGAGGAACAGAGAGGUGCUUUCAGAAUGACAGACAGCAGCACUACAUGUAAAUUUAUUUAUUGAUCUAUGAAUUCCUAGUCCCCAAGCUAAUUUUACCUGGGAGGAGGCUGCCUUUAACUGAGUUUAACUUGCAACACCCAAAUAUAGGAGACACAAAGCUUACAAAUCCUAACUGAAUUGGAAAUACAGAAUUACUAACACUGGAGGAAGCAGGGUAAGCACUGAGCUACUUACUUGCUUUGUGAUGCUGUCUCUCCCCCACUGGAAAAUUGCAUUUAAUGAAUUUAGAUACCUAAAUGACAAGUCUCACAGGAAUCAUCCUGAAAACCUGUCUGACAACUAGUCUGUUGGGAAACAAGUUCACACAGCAAAUAUCUAGAACUUGAGACUAAGUUUGUGUAGAGCCAGUGUAAAGAUCAGCAAAAACUGCUGAGAAGAGACAACCAGAGAAUACAGGAUUGUUUUUCUUUUAAUUCCACAGUGCAAUGUUGCAAUAAACUCCCAAUUUUUAGUCA